CCUGAUGACACGCAGCAAACGCCCACUGGCCCCUUGCAGCGGUAAGCUGUCCUGUGGACGCUCAGUCCCUCCUGGCCUCGAGAAAAGUGUGCGGCUCUUUCCGCACCUGCCAUGGCCUGGUUUUCAUGCCCAUCCCGUCUGCAGUAAUGUGUUGUCAGGGCAAACAAAUCCAGCUUCCAAGUGGUUUGUGUACAAGUCUGCACUAGGGAGGGUUUAAAUAAAAUGGAGAAAGCUACUUUGGAGAGAUGGUAUAAGAGUAUAGUAUGGUGUGUGUGUGUGUGUGUGUGUCAGUCAGACAGGGAGUAUGUUUACAGUACAGCGCUGUAGUCCGCCGCCCAUUUGUGUGUCAGGCAGUAAGAGUAUGUUUACAGUACAGCGCUGUAGUCCGCCAUCCGUUUGUGUGUCAGGCAGUAAGAGUAUGUUUACAGUACAGCGCUGUAGUCCGCCAUCCGUUUGUGUGUCAGGCAGUAAGAGUAUGUUUACAGUACAGCGCUGUAGUCCGCCAUCCGUUUGUGUGUCAGGCAGUAAGAGUAUGUUUACAGUACAGCGCUGUAGUCCGCCAUCCGUUUGUGUGUCAGGCAGUAAGAGUAUGUUUACAGUACAGCACUGUAGUCCGCCAUCCGUUUGUGUGUCAGGCAGUAAGAGUAUGUUUACAGUACAGCACUGUAGUCCGCCAUCCGUUUGUGUGUCAGGCAGUAAGAGUAUGUUUACAGUACAGCGCUGUAGUCCGCCGCCCGUUUGUGUGUCAGGCAGUAAGAGUAUGUUUACAGUACAGCGCUGUAGUCCGCCAUCCGUUUGUGUGUCAGGCAGUAAGAGUAUGUUUACAGUACAGCGCUGUAGUCCGCCGCCCGUUUGUGUGUCAGGCAGUAAGAGUAUGUUUACAGUACAGCGCUGUAGUCCGCCGCCCGUUUGUGUGUCAGGCAGUAAGAGUAUGUUUACAGUACAGCGCUGUAGUCCGCCAUCCGUUUGUGUGUCAGGCAGUAAGAGUAUGUUUACAGUACAGCGCUGUAGUCCGCCAUCCGUUUGUGUGUCAGGCAGUAAGAGUAUGUUUACAGUACAGCGCUGUAGUCCGCCAUCCGUUUGUGUGUCAGGCAGUAAGAGUAUGUUUACAGUACAGCGCUGUAGUCCACCAUCCGUUUGUGUGUCAGGCAGUAAGAGUAUGUUUACAGUACAGCGCUGUAGUCCACCAUCCGUUUGUGUGUCAGGCAGUAAGAGUAUGUUUACAGUACAGCACUGUAGUCCGCCGCCCGUUUGUGUGUCAGGCAGUAAGAGUAUGUUUACAGUACAGCGCUGUAGUCCGCCAUCCGUUUGUGUGUCAGGCAGUAAGAGUAUGUUUACAGUACAGCGCUGUAGUCCGCCAUCCGUUUGUGUGUCAGGCAGUAAGAGUAUGUUUACAGUACAGCGCUGUAGUCCACCAUCCGUUUGUGUGUCAGGCAGUAAGAGUAUGUUUACAGUACAGCGCUGUAGUCCACCAUCCGUUUGUGUGUCAGGCAGUAAGAGUAUGUUUACAGUACAGCGCUGUAGUCCGCCGCCCGUUUGUGUUGUUUGCUUUGCCUUGCUUGCUCUGCCCCCCCCCCCCGUGUUUAUUUUGCUGCUGUUAAUGUGUAUUAAACUAAUUCACUCUCUUCUUGUUUUUAUUUAUCCUAAUAAAGCAGUGCUUUGUUUGUGCCCCCUGCUGCCAUUAAUUAAUCUGCCCCCUGCUUCCUCCCUGCCCCCCAAUCCCACCCUGGCUUAAACCCAACCAAUCCCCAACCAUUUUGGGGAUAAAAUGCGGCCCCAUGAUUGACACUCGCUUAGGAUCUCAGUCUGCUACCCCUGUCGGUGGUAAGAGCUUCUGUAUGUUGUCUGUGUAUCUGUGUGUGUCCACUCACUCAUCCCCCCACCCCCCACCCAAAAAAGACACACACACACACACACACACACACACACACACACACACACACACACACACACACACACACACACACACACACUGCCUCUGCCUGCCCCUGCACUGCAUGCUGGAAACCCCCUGUGCCCUGCUCUGCUUCAUUUUCACUGCUUGCCUCUCAUUUACGUGACUCCAUUCGGUACACGCAUAUGUAAAAUCAAGGUAACCGCUACCUUUCUUGGGAAUUCAGGAUUUUUUGGCUUGACUGUGAGAUAAAAUGAGCAGCAUAACAUCGGGUAUCCAUGCAGCUUACAUAGUGUGUCUGUGUUCAGUUCUGCUCUUAGCUCAGGGAUGCCUGUUUCAAUGGCUCAUCUUUAAUCCAUAGUCUUUAUAACCUGGGUCUCCCAGUGUGAGAGUCUUGUUUCGGUGAAAUGUUUCCUUGGGCAGAUGCUGGGAGCUUAGGGCUUGGGGGGGGGUGGGGUGUCACUUUCUUCCAGCAGUCACCUGGUCGCUGGUACUGGAGCCCUGACUGAGGCUCCUGGCUCAGUGCAGUGCGGUCAGUGAGGUCUCACCACCCAGCCUCGUUGCUCUGGAGGCAUCCUGUAGGUUUGCAUCCUGCAGUAUCCUCUCCCGUUUCAUGAUUUCUUUAGUUAGGGGACAAAAAGGAAAGAACCUUGAAAGAAUUAAGAGCCACUUUGGAAUGAGCCUCCGUGCUCUGGUUAGUGUUGCACCGAAAUUUCGGCAACCGAUAAUAUUCGGCUGAAUAACCAAAAAACGGAAUUUUUUAGAGCCCCCAGCUUACCAACGACCUUUGACCGCCAUCUGCAGCGUGAUUCGGCAUCUCAUUCGCGUUCACCUGUGGGCUGUCGACGUAGCAUAACGUUCAUUCAAGAAAACGGUGGGAAGGUCCGUAUUCUUCACAGCUGGAGUUGCUGUCGAUCCAAAAAAGCUGUAAAACCCAUAGUAACAUUGUUUUACGUUAUGUUUACUUUGUAUUCCUCGUCUGCCGACGAGAAAAAUGAGACAGUUCCAGUUGGGAAUUGUAAUCGGAAUGAAACUAAAAGCACAUGUGUAAUGUGGAGUUUGUAUGAGCGGAGGUAGCUUGCAGCUUUACGAUCUCAUGACGGAGCAUCCGUUGUAUUAGGAACAUUGAACCUUUUUGGUUUAGGGUGGGGGUGGCCAAUUUUACCCAGAAAGGGCCGCUGUGUGAGCAGGCUUUCGCUGCAAUUAGAUUACUAAUUAGAGGACUGAUUGGCUGAGGAGUCCUCACACCUGGGUGUGAACAGCUGACCUAAAGGUUAUCCCAGAAACCUGCAUACACACCGGCCCUUUGCGGAUACGAUUGGCCCCUGGUUUAGAUUGUCGGAUUCGCUGCCGUUAACAUUGAUGGGGCGUUAACAGUAUUAACAGGGCUGCACACGCCAUUUUACGCAUUUCUUGGUGGCUGAAGGAGGCUGA